UCCCUCGAAGGGGAGGAGACGACUCCUGGUUGGGAGAGGCUCCUCCCCUCCUCCCCCGGGCGGCGGGCAGGGUGUGGGGGCCGCGCCACCUCCCCCAGGUGGGGCCUCCUUCGCCUCCGCCCCCUCCGCCCUCGGCUCCCCAUCCUCUGGGCACGCGGUGCCCUACGCCAGCUCGGGAGGCUCAGCCAAGUACCAGAAGAGCCCCCGAGGAUGAGACCUGUCAUCUGCCUCUGAAGAGGGACCUCCCUCCAACCCCAAACUCCGGGACUCGGCAGUUUCCUCCCUUCGCUGGAGGACGCGUGGAGACAGAGCCCAGAAGCACCAUGGCUUCUGACUUGGAGAGCAGCCUUACCUCCAUAGACUGGCUCCCCCAGCUGACCCUGCGGGCCACCAUUGAGAAGCUGGGGAGUGCUUCACAGGCGGGGCCUCCGGGAGGCAGCCGCAAGUGUUCCCCGGGCUCACCCACUGAUCCUAACGCCACCCUGAGCAAAGACGAGGCUGCAGUCCACCAGGAUGGCAAACCACGAUACAGCUAUGCCACUCUUAUCACCUACGCCAUCAACUCGUCUCCGGCUAAGAAGAUGACCCUGAGCGAGAUCUACCGCUGGAUCUGCGACAACUUCCCCUACUACAAGAAUGCAGGCAUCGGCUGGAAGAAUUCCAUUCGGCACAACCUUUCUCUCAACAAGUGUUUCCGGAAGGUGCCCAGACCUCGGGAUGACCCUGGGAAGGGCUCUUACUGGACGAUUGACACCUGCCCUGACAUUUCCCGGAAGAGGAGACAUCCUCCGGAUGAUGACCUCUCCCAAGACUCCCCGGAACAAGAGGCCAGCAAGAGCCCUCGGGGAGGUGUCCCAGGGGGCGCAGAAGCCUCGAUGCCUCCGGAGGGGAACCCUGCGGGGCCACUUCAGAGUCCUGCCUCUGUGGCCGGCUACAGCCAGGGCACAGGGUCUGUGGAUGGCGGAGCAGUGACUGCAGGGGGUCCAGGGCGGGAGAGCACAGAGGGUCCCCCUCCCCUCUACAACACCAACCAUGACUUCAAGUUCUCCUACUCAGAGAUCAACUUUCAGGACCUGAGCUGGUCCUUCCGCAACCUCUACAAGUCCAUGCUGGAGAAGUCCUCCUCCUCACAGCACGGCUUUUCGUCUCUCCUGGGGGACAUGCCACCCUCUAACAACUACUACAUGUACCAGCAGCAGCAGCCGCCACCACCUCAGCAGCAGCAGCAACCAGCGCAGCCACAGCCAUCUGCCCAGCAGUCACAGCCACCGCAGCAGCAGCCACCAGCUCAGGGCCCCUCAAGUGUAGGGGGCGCCCCACCCCUGCACACCCCGAGCCCUGAUAGCUGUACCCCACCAGGGGGGAAGCCAGCUGGGGCUGAAGGCUACGGGCCGCCCCCUGUGAUGGCCAUGCAUGCGGCACCACUGCAGCACAGCGCCUACCACCCUCAUCAGCAUCACACCCACCCGCACCCUGCCCAGCCGCCGCCCCAGCAGCAGCAGGCGCCAGGCCAGGCGCCCAUCAACAGUCCUGGCUUUGCCUUUCCUCCUGACUGGUGCUCCAACAUUGACUCUUUAAAGGAGAGCUUCAAGAUGGUGAAUCGGCUCAACUGGUCCAGCAUUGAGCAGUCCCAGUUUUCAGAACUGAUGGAGAGUCUGCGACAGGCAGAGCAGAAGAACUGGACCCUUGACCAGCAUCACAUUGCCAAUCUGUGUGACUCCCUCAACCACUUCCUCACUCAGACGGGUCACAUCCCCCCCCAGGGGAGCUCCCACCGACCAGCAGCUCCCGCCCGGAUCUCGGACUCCUGUGCCCUCACCAGCGGCAAACAGGAGCCCGCCAUGAACCAAGUGAACUCCUAUGGACACCCACAAGCACCCCACCUGUACCCUGGCCCGUCACCCAUGUACCCCAUCCCCACCCAGGACUCCACAGCAUACAGUCGCCCAGCACACCACAUGGUCCCUCGGCCACAGGUCCCGCCUCCGGGUGCCAGUGAAGAGAUCCCUGAUGACUUCGACUGGGACUUGAUUACUUAAAGCAUCACAAGUUUGGACAUCAGCCCAGGGCCUGGUGGCGAAGUCUGGCCGGGGAAGAGAGCAGCCCGCCUGUCCCCUCUCCACCUGUACAUAGAUAUAUAUCCUCUUUCUGUUCUUCCUCUGUCAGAGAAGCCACCACGAGAUGCUGCCGAAGAUACUCCCCUUUCUUGCCUCAUUCUUCUCUCUUCUUUUCUGUUUUUCCCUCAUUCUUUUAUUAUUAUUCUAAUUAUAUUAUUAUUGUUAAUAUUAUUCUUGGUUAUAUACUAUCUUCCAUCUCUUGUCUCCACACCACGGACCCAGUAUAUACCUUGCUAAUUUAAAAUCAUUGGGCUGGAAGACGAGGUCACAAUAACUGUAGAGAAACGGUGCAGAUUCCAGGUCACCUUUCUCUUUGAGAAACUCACUGUUAAGUUGUUAACUCAGCACUAGGUUGUUUUCUGUUCCUGUCUGUUUCAGGCUGGGACUGGAAAGGUUAUCUUACCAAGUAGAAGGAAUCUAAAACUUUGCAGGUUUUACUCAAUGGUGCUAAUUCUGCCCUCUGAGCUCUUUUUUGUCCCUCUGUCCCUUCAAUCCUUACUUUUUCUGACAAUCCUUAUUCCUACAGAGGGUGAGAGUAAGAUUUUAAUAGGAUAACAGCCUGGGUGGGCUGAGUAACUUUUACAAAAGAGACAGGAUGGAAGCCAGGGGGAAGCCGGGUGUGUGUGCACAUCCAUGGGCUCCUGCCUGGGUUGGACUCUGCUCCAAUUCUGCUUCUAUGGUAGCCCAAGUGGACAAUAUUCAGCAUUAGUUCAGCUUCUUGGAGAUGAUUUCAUUUUAGCCAUUUUGGCUUUCAAAACAGAAUUCUCUGGAAACUAACUGCAGCUCUUACUUGGAUUUACAAAUCAUCCUCCUUUGCCUUUCCCCAUUCAGUAUAUAUUAUUUUGUCUUCUCAUUGGCCGCCCAGAUCGUCCCCUCAUCUUAUAUUGUUCCUCCACUUUCUGGGAUUCUGAAGAGAAAGGAAGCCGUUGUGACUGUGGGUGUCAUCAUGACCCUGACGUGGUGUGGGGGUGGGGGUCUGUCCUCACCAGCCAUGCAGAGUCAGACCUGUGUCAUGGGUGGGAGGGCUGAGGAGAGGGAAAUGAGCUGGCAUAGAUGUGAGGAGGGAGGCUUUCUUGUGUUUAGCUGAAUUGGCAGAUGCUUCUCUUGAAAUCUAGAUCAUGGGGCUUGAAGCUUUUAAGGGGUGAAGGACACUGGUGAGGGGGCAGAUGGUGUAGAGGUGGGGUCAGUCAGGCUCCCGGCGGCUCUUGGAAGAAGGCGUGGGGGCAGCAUCUGUCCUCUCACCAGCGUGGCCAUGAUUCAUUGCUGCGGAUUCUUAGUAUACAUUUAAUAUUCAUUGCUGAGUUUGAGUUAGGAGAGAGAGGAGUAGUUUUACUUCUGUUUUUUAUUUGACUAAAUUUUCCCUUUCUAUAAACUGCAGGAGAGACUGUGUGGUGUGAGCCAGGCCGUGCUCUCUGUGACAUCUGCUUUUCUUCAUCCUCUUUCAUUUCUUCACUAUCUCCAAGCUGUCGGGCUGCCUCCUCUCCGGCUUUCCUCCUCAUCACCCCUGUCCUUUCUUGGAAGGGGGCUCUGCACGAGAGUUUGUUGAAGUCCAGUGUGGCUGAAGUAAGGGGCCAGUAGGGCAGUUCACUAAAGAGCACUUUAUUUCUUUGAAGCCUUUGUAAGAAAGAUGGGGCGGGUUGGGGAGGGGACUUGAGUCCCCCAUUGUGUUGGAGGGCGCUUCGUGAAGGGUGAUGCAAUACUUCCCACUGGGGAAAGGAGCCUUUCUCAUUUCUAGGAGGGGGCAAAGGCCUUUGCCCAGCGUCCUUGUGUCAGGCACCUCUUCUUUAUUCCUCCUGUUCAAGGUGUGUCCUACACACAGCUUCCCUUCCGGUCUUCCUGAGAUUCCCACUUUACAGAUUAACCCACCUCUUUUCUAAACCCCUUUUCCCAUUCGAGCCCAUGCAGGGUUAGGGAGGGUAGAUGAUGUGGUACACACAGGCAGCCCUUGUUCUUCUGUGUCUUUCGAAAGUGAGUCACAUUAAGAGCUCUGGAGGCAGCCAGAGUAGCCGCAGUGUGGGGCUAGACCUGGAGACCGCUCUUCAGGACCCCUGAGCUUGCAGGUCCUGUUCCCCAAACUCAGCCUUGCUAAUAGCUCAGGACAAACCUGACUUUCGUGGGCCUCAAUUUUUCCCUCCCCUACAUGAAAUGGAAAGAAUACUACUAUUGUGGGUCCAGCUUUGCUGGAAACGAAGUCCAGUCUUUGUUGUCGUAUUGGGUGAUAUGUGCAAAAUUGCAGAAGUUCACUGCCCAUAAGAGGAAAUAAGGGAGAAAGCUAGGGAGCGGGACAAAGGAGCAGUUGUUUGGUGUCAGUCCAUCCAUCCCAGGCUUCCUCUCCUUAAUUCCCGCUCCCCUCUGCCACCAUGUUUCUGGUUUGAUGAGUCCUUAAUGCCACCCAUAAUGCUUUGCAUCGGUGCAGGCUGGGAAGGGGUAUGUGGUCUCACAAGUUGUGUUGUUUUUUUUGCAUGCUUUCCUAAUAAAAAAAAAGAUUUCCAAUUUUA